GCCCCUCGCCCCCGGCGGGGCAGCGCGGGCAGCGGCACCGGUGGCAGCACGGGCGGUACCGGCAUGUCCUGAGCGGCGGCGGCGGCCGAUCCGGGCCGGAGCCAGCACGGAGGGCUCGGUGGAGCAGCGGGCCAAGGGCCGGGCCUCCAUGAAGGAGAAGGAGGCGGGCGCGGAGCGGGGCAAGCCCGCCACUUACACCGGGGACAAGAAGGCGCGCAUGGCGGCCAAGACCAACAAGAAGUGGGUGCGCCUGGCCACCGUGCUGGCCUACGUGCUCUCCGUCUCGCUGGCCGCCAUCGUGCUCGCCGUCUACUACAGCCUCAUCUGGCAGCCGGUGCGCGGCAGCGGCGGCUCCUCCAGCCCCGGCCCCGGCGCCGCCGCCACCCCCGCGCAGCUCCGCGCCGCGCCCCCCGGACCUACGGCGGGGCCUCCGCCCGGGGCGCCGGCAGCCCCUGAGCCGGGCGGGCCGCGGGAGGCCGCGCGCCGCCGGGGAUGCGGCCGCGGGGCUCGGCCGAUGAUGGAGACCGAUGGCUCGCCCGUCCCUGCGGCACCGUGCAGCGCCCGUGGAGACUGACUGGAGACUGACCUGGAGACUGACUCGACCCCGUUUGGACUCGGUGGAACUGCGGUAUCUUCUUUUCCCCCCCGAUUUUUCCUCAAAAGGGAAUUUUGUGGCUUCGUUUUCUUCCUCACCAGGGCUAGCUUCUCCCUUUGAACCCGCAUUGAAUUCCUGCGCUGUUUAUGCCAGUCUGUUACCUAUACAAGGAUAUCGGUGUCCAAAAUUCCUCGCUAUUUACAGGAUCAGCUGGGAACAAUACGAAUUUAGAGGCUGUAAUCCAUUGUUGAAGUAAAAACAGUUUUGUUUAACGAUGAGCAUAAACUUAUUUAAAAUAUGUGGAAGGUAAAUUGACUUGUUUACUAUAUUAAAAUAUUUUCCCAAUAUGAAA